AUGAUUGGGAAGAUGCUGCUGCUCUGCUUGGUGUUCCUCCUCUCCGUGGAUGCGGAGGACAAGUCCCGGCUCUACCGGAGGCCUUCCUGUGGUGAUAUGAGCGUGUCUCAGGCCUGUCCCCUCAACUACGCCCCGCUCUGCGGCAGCAACGGGGUCACCUACCCCAACGAGUGUGCCCUGUGUGUCCACCGACUGGAGACAAACACGGACAUUCUGAUCGUGAAAGACGGCCCCUGCUGA